UACUCCUAGUUUGGUACAAUUAGCCCCAACAAUUGCCAAAUACCCAACUCCUUUUUUUCAAUCUCAAAGGCUUUUUCUCUCCUUACAUUUUCAUAAGAGGUCCCCUCUCUUUUAUCUUUCUCUACAGUAAAGACUGCUUUUUUCGUCCAUUGCUGAAGCAAAAAAAAACCCUUAAAGUUAUCAUCUUUGUGACUUCAGGUACUAUUUUUUAGGCAAGCCACUUUUGAACUGGUCCAGUGAUUUGCUGGGUUCUUGUUUCCUGGAAAAAAAGAGAGAGGAAAUUAGCCAGUUUUUGAGGAAUUUUCUGUUGUUGAUGGAGCUGCUGAUGUUAAUCUCUUUUUCUAAUAACAAGGGGGUUAAUGAAGUGAACUUGGAGUUCGAGUAAUGGGUUUGGUCAGCUCACUGCAUUUAGGUAUCAGUAUUCAUCGCGAUGGCCUCAACACCUUCUACCAAGAGUUCUCGCAGGUCUUCACCUUCCCAAGUUUCAAAAAGUAACAAAUUAGAGAUCGCAACUUCUAAAGAACGAGAAGUUGUAUCGAAGCAGCUUAUGGUUGAAGCAGCAGCCAGCAAAAAGUCACAGAGCUCUCAGCCUAAGGGAUCUCCCAAAUCACUCGCUGAUAAAUUUGAUUCAAGCUUAUAUUUGGGCAAUUCAAAACAAGCACCAAGCGGUGUAGGUACUGUGCCUACCGAGGCAAAGGUCACACAAGGCGGCACAGCUGAUCAGGAAAGAAAGAGUUCUAUUAAGGACAGCUCAGCAUCAGCCAAAGUUAGCGAUGGGGCCAGUAGCCUCGCGAAAACAAGUGGAAGUGCCAAAAUUAGUGACCGGGCAGAUUUUCUUGAGAGUGGUAAGAGCAGCAUCUGUAGGGGGAGCACAGGCACUGAUGUAAGUGAGGAGAGUACUUCUAGCAGCUUGAGCAGCAGUGUCAACAAACCUCAUAAAGCUAAUGACUCAAGAUGGGAAGCAAUUCAAGCUAUCCGAACUAAAGAUGGGAUGUUGGAUUUGAGGCAUUUCCGGUUGCUGAAGAAGUUGGGAAGUGGUGAUAUUGGAAGUGUGUAUCUAUCUGAGUUAUGUGGUACAAAGUGUUAUUUUGCCAUGAAAGUUAUGGAUAAGGCGUCAUUAGCCAGUCGUAAGAAAUUGCUUCGUGCUCAGACAGAAAGAGAGAUAUUGCAGUCCUUGGACCAUCCAUUUCUCCCAACAUUAUAUAGCCAUUUUGAAACAGAAAAAUUUUCAUGUCUAGUAAUGGAGUUCUGCCCAGGAGGAGACUUGCACACGCUUAGACAAAGGCAACCAGGGAAGCAUUUUUCAGAACAAGCAGUGAAGUAUGAUACAAAUGCCCAAUUUCAAGUAAUACAUUGCUGCUUUACCCCUCCUNCAUCAUCCCUAGAAACAGAGCCGCUGCGGAAGAAUUCAGCUUAUUGUGUGCAGCCAGCUUGCAUCGAGCCCUCUUGUAUUCAGCCAUCCUGUGCUGUUCCUACAACUUGUUUUGGGCCUCGCCUUUUUUCUAGCAAGUCAAAGAAAGAAAAGAAAUCUAAGAAUGAAAUAGGGAACCAAGUUAGCCCAUUACCAGAGCUAAUUGCUGAGCCUACUGGAGCGCGAUCGAUGUCAUUUGUCGGGACCCACGAGUAUUUAGCACCCGAGAUAAUCAAAGGCGAAGGACAUGGAAGUGCAGUGGACUGGUGGACUUUUGGUAUCUUUCUCUAUGAGUUAUUGUUUGGCAAGACACCCUUCAAAGGAUCAGGGAAUCGACAAACCCUUUUCAACGUUGUGGGUCAACCCCUGCGGUUUCCAGAAUCUCCGGUGGUCAGUUUUUCAGCAAGGGAUCUUAUCCGAGGCUUGCUCGUGAAAGAGCCACAGCAUAGAUUGGCAUACAAAAGAGGAGCCACAGAAAUUAAGCAGCAUCCCUUCUUUGAAGGUGUAAAUUGGGCUUUGAUUCGUUGUGCAAGCCCUCCUGAGAUCCCAAGGCCCGUGGAAUUCGAGAGAAUUUCAGUUCCAGCAGCAUCCACCAGUGAGAAAGCUGUAGCUGGAACUGUCCCUCAGCAGAAAAAUUCAGAUAACUAUCUUGAAUUUGAUUUCUUUUAAUCUAUUUAUUUAUAUCUUUUUUACUUAGCCGAUUGGCUGUUUUGCUUCACCCAGAAAAAACAUACGAAGCUGUACAACAUUUGGAAGAUGUUAAGUCAAGGUUUGGGUAGUUUGAUGAUCAUAUUAUUGUUUGAGUUGUAAUUGAACAGGUAAAAUUUGUUGUAUGGGAAACACUACAAGUUUGAUGCUACCAAUCCAUAAUGUGAAUUUGUUUAGUUUA